GGCAAGUGACCUGAUAUCUCCAAUGAACCUCCUCUUUGUUUGACCGUAACAAGUACAAACAAAACAAAUAAAUAUAUUAAGAUUAACCUUACAGAACAUAAAUUCUUCCUCAAUUCAUCCAUUUGAUAUCACAUUAAUCAUAUGGUCUAAUUCCUGAACAAACACAUGGAGUCUCCGUCACCGGAGUCCUCUACAAUAUUUCUAGAAGACUUCGGUCAAAAGGUAGACCUUACCCGGAGGAUCCGGGAGGUCUUGUUGAACUAUCCCGAAGGCACCACCGUCCUCAAGGAACUCAUUCAGAACGCUGAUGAUGCCGGCGCUACCAAAGUCCGCUUUUGCCUAGACCGUAGGCACCACUCCUCUCACUCUCUCUUGUCCCAUUCCCUCGCUCAGUGGCAGGGCCCCGCUCUUUUGGCCUAUAACGAUGCUGUUUUCUCUGAAGAUGAUUUUUUUAGUAUUUCCAGGAUCGGUGGAAGUACUAAACACGGCCAGGCUUGGAAGACCGGCCGAUUCGGGGUGGGGUUCAAUUCGGUGUAUCAUUUAACUGAUUUGCCUUCAUUUGUUAGUGGGAAAUAUGUAGUACUCUUUGAUCCUCAAGGAGUUUACUUACCAAAUGUUUCUUCAGCUAAUCCUGGAAAGAGAAUUGAGUAUGUUAGUUCUUCAGCUAUCUCACUCUAUAAAGACCAAUUCUUACCCUAUUGUGCUUUUGGUUGCGACAUGAAAAAUCCUUUUGCUGGAACUUUAUUCCGUUUCCCUUUGAGGAAUGCAGAUCAAGCAGCAAGUAGUAAGCUCUCAAGGCAAGCUUAUUCGGAAGAUUAUGUUUCUUCCAUGUUUACUCAGCUUUAUGAGGAAUGUGUUUUCACAUUACUCUUCCUUAAGAGUGUUCUGUGUAUUGAAAUUUUUGUUUGGGAUGUUGGAGAACCUGAGCCAAGGAAGCUUUACUCGUGGUCUGUUAACUCGGCAAAUGAUGAAACUGUUUGGCAUCGACAGGCACUUCUGAGAUUGUCCAAUUUAGAUAUUUCCACUGAAAGAGAGACAGAUGCUUAUUUUGUGGACUUCUUGGUUGAGGAAACGACUGGGAGUGAAAUUAAGAAGAGAAUUGAUACUUUUUAUGUAGUGCAAACAAUGGCAUCGACAUCUAGUAGGAUUGGUUCUUUUGCUGCUACUGCAUCCAAAGAUUAUGAUAUCCACCUUCUUCCAUGGGCAUCGGUUGCAGCGUGUGUAUCAAAUAAUGAUGUUCUGAAACUUGGUCGAGCAUUCUGCUUUCUUCCACUGCCUGUCAGAACUGGAUUGACUGUGCAAGUUAAUGGAUACUUUGAGGUUUCCUCAAAUCGUCGUGGCAUUUGGUAUGGAGGUGACAUGGACAGAAGUGGCAAAAUUCGUUCUAUCUGGAACAGGCUUCUCUUAGAGGAUGUUGUGGCCCCUACUUUUGCACAAUUGCUGGUUGGCGUGCAAGGGUUGCUAGGUCCAUCAAAUUCAUACUAUACUUUAUGGCCCAGUGGUACUUUUGAAGAGCCAUGGAACAUCUUAGUAGAGCAUGUCUACAGAAACAUUGGCAAUGCUUCUGUUUUGUAUUCAGAUCUUGGAGGAGGAAAAUGGGUAUCACCGGUUGAAGCCUUUCUUCACGACGAGGAGUUUCCUAAAACAAAGGAACUAGCUGAGGCCUUGCUACAGUUAGGAAUGCCUGUUGUCCAUUUACCCAGUCACUUGUUUAAUAUGUGUUUGAAAUAUGCUUUUGGUUUUCAGCAGAAAGUGGUCACUCCCGAUUCAGUACGCAUUUUUCUUCGGAAAUGCAAGAUCCUUACUACUCUGAACAGAUCUUACAAGCAUAUACUGUUGGAAUAUUGUCUAGAAGACAUGAUCGAUGAUGAUGUUGGUACAUAUUUAGAGGACCUGCCAUUGCUUCCAUUAGCCAAUGGCAAUUUUGGGUUAUUUUAUGAAACCUCCAAGGGGGUUGCAUAUUUUGUUUGCAAUGAGUUGGAAUACAUGCUUCUUCAGAGAGUUUCUGACAGAAUAAUUGAUAGGAAUAUCCCCCUAAAUGUACUGAGGAGACUUUCUUCUAUUGCAAAGUCUGCAAAAGCUAAUCUUACUGUUUUCAAUGUUCAAUGUUUCCUGCAGUUGUUCCCUAGAUUUGUACCUGCUGAUUGGAAACUUAAAAGCAAGGUUGUAUGGGAUCCAGAAUCUUGUCAUGAUCAUCCAACUUCUGCGUGGUUUAUGCUUCUUUGGCGGUAUCUUCAAAACAACUGUGAAAAGUUAUCAUUAUUUGGUGAAUGGCCCAUUUUGCCAUCAUUGUCUGGGCAUUUGUACAGAGCUUCAAGACAGUCAAAAUUGAUUAAUGCAGAGAAACUUUCUGAUGCAGUACGAGAAAUCCUUGUAAAGAUUGGCUGCAAGAUACUUGACACCAAGUUCGGAAUUGAACAUAAAGAUUUGUCACAGUAUGUCUCUGAUGCUGAUUAUGCAGGUGUUCUGGAAUCCAUUUUUGAUGCUGUCCCUUCAAAUACUGGCACCAGGCAAGUACUUAUAGAUAAUUUGAGAACUGAAGAAAGGGAUGAGCUUCGUAAUUUUUUCCUUGAUUCAAAAUGGUACAUGGGAGCAUCUAUUAAUGAUUCUAACAUAAGAAAUUGCAAGAGGCUGCCCAUUUAUAAAGUUUACAGUGGAGGGUCUGCUCAAGAUUUCCAAUUUUCUGAUCUGGAAAAUCCUCGAAAGUAUUUACCACCCUUAGAGGUCCCUGAGGGUCUUUUGGGAGGUGAAUUUAUCAUCUGCUCCCUAAGUAUUGAGGAAGAUAUUUUGUUAAGAUAUUAUGGAAUUCAGAGGAUGGGGAAGGCUUGUUUCUAUAGGCAGCAGGUGUUUAAUAGAAUCAAGGAGUUGCAACCUGAAGUUCGUGACCCAGUCAUGCUUUCUAUUUUGCAAACUCUGCCACAGUUGUGUGUUGAGGACGCAUCUUUUAGGGAAUGUUUGAGAAAUUUGGAAUUUGUUCCAACCAUUAGUGGUGCUGUUAAGUGUCCUGUGUCGCUAUAUGACCCUCGUAAUGAAGAGUUAUAUGCUCUACUGGAAGAGUCUGAUAGUUUUCCUUGUGGUGCUUUCCAAGAGUCUGGAAUUUUGGACAUGCUACAGGGUUUGGGACUCAAAACAACUGUAUCUCCUGAGACAAUCAUAGAAAGUGCUCGAAAGGUAGAACGACAAAUGCAUGAGAAUCCAGAAAAGGCAAAUUCAAGGGGUAAAGUUCUGCUCUCCUACUUAGAAGUAAAUGCUAUGAAAUGGCUUCCCAAUCAACUGCCUGAUGAUCAAGGAACAAUGAACAGAAUGUUUACACGAGCUGCAACUGCAUUCAGGCCUCGUAACUUGAAAUCUGACCUUGAAAAAAUUUGGAAUGAUCUACGGAUGAUUUGCUGGUGUCCAGUGUUAGUUUCUGCUCCAUUUAAACAUUUACCAUGGCCUGUGGUGUCAUCCACAGUUGCUCCUCCAAAACUUGUAAGACUGCAAGCAGACAUGUGGCUUGUUUCAGCAAGCAUGCGAAUACUGGAUGGUGAAUGCUCGUCCACUGCAUUAUCAUAUAAUCUAGGAUGGUUAUCCCCGCCAGGAGGAAGUGUUAUUGCUGCACAAUUACUUGAGCUUGGGAAGAACAAUGAGUUUGUGAAUGAUCAGGUGCUUCGGCAGGAAUUAGCCUUAGCAAUGCCAAAGAUAUACUCAAUCCUGGCGAGCUUGAUUGUUUCAGAGGAGAUGGACAUUGUAAAAGCUGUUCUUGAAGGGUGUCGUUGGAUUUGGGUGGGAGAUGGAUUUGCGACCUCAGACGAAGUGGUUCUUGAUGGUCCUUUUCAUUUGGCUCCUUACAUACGUGUUAUACCUAUCGAUUUAGCAGUUUUUAAGGAUUUAUUUCUGGAGCUUGGCAUCCGAGAAUUUUUGAAGCCCACUGAUUAUGCUAAUAUAUUAUGUAGAAUGGCCACAAGGAAAGGUUCCUCUCCUCUUGAUUUACAGGAAAUAAGGGCAGCCAUACUGAUAGUGCAGCAUCUGGCUGACGUUCAAUUUCAUGAACAAGUUAAGUUAUACUUACCUGACGUGUCAUGCAGGUUAUUCCCUGCUGGCGAUUUAGUUUAUAAUGAUGCUCCCUGGUUACUUGGCUCCGGUGAUUUUGAUAAAUCCUUUGCUGAAGCAUCUACAAUGGCUUUUAAUGCAAGAAGAACAGUUCAGAAAUUUGUCCAUGGAAACAUAUCUAAUGAGGUUGCAGAGAAGCUUGGUGUCUGUUCGCUUCGUAGGAUCUUGCUAGCAGAGAGUGCUGAUUCAAUGAAUUUGAGUUUAUCUGGGGCUGCUGAAGCAUUUGGACAGCAUGAAGCUUUGACAACAAGGCUUAAACAUAUACUUGAAAUGUAUGCUGAUGGACCUGGUAUUCUCUUUGAGUUGGUUCAAAAUGCCGAAGAUGCAGGAGCUUCUGAGGUGGCCUUUCUCUUGGAUAAAACUCAAUAUGGGACCUCUUCUGUUCUUUCUCCUGAAAUGGCGGAUUGGCAGGGCCCUGCAUUGUAUUGUUUCAAUGACUCUGUUUUUAGUCCACAAGAUCUUUAUGCAAUUUCUCGUAUUGGUCAAGAAAGUAAAUUAGAAAAGCCUUUUGCAAUUGGAAGAUUUGGGCUGGGUUUUAAUUGUGUCUAUCAUUUUACAGACAUUCCCACUUUUGUUUCUGGGGAAAACAUUGUUAUGUUUGAUCCUCAUGCUUGUAGUUUACCUGGGAUCUCCCCUUCCCACCCUGGACUGCGAAUUAAAUUUGUGGGGAGAAAAAUUUUGGAACAAUUUCCUGAUCAGUUUUCUCCAUUCUUACAUUUUGGGUGUGACUUGCAGCAUCCAUAUCCAGGUACCCUCUUCCGUUUCCCUCUUAGGAGUGGUAGUGUUGCCUCACGAAGCCAGAUAAAGAAAGAAGGAUAUGCUCCAGAAGAUGUCAUGUCGCUUUUUGCUUCUUUCUCUGAUGUUGUUUCUGAUGCUUUGGUUUUUCUCCGCAACGUGAAAACUAUCUCCCUAUAUGUGAAGGAAGGAACAGGUGAAAUGCAACAGCUACAUCGUGUACAUCGGAAUUGCAUUAGUGAGCCAGAAACAGAAUCCAAUGCACUGCAUAACAUGUUUAGCCUGAUCAGCGGAAAACAGCAUAAAGAAAUGGAUAAAGAUCAGUUGCUGAAGAAAUUGAGUAAGUCCAUUGACAGAGAUCUGCCCUAUAAAUCUCAACAGAUUAUUGUGACAGAGCAAAGAUCAUCUGGUGGUAUCUCUCACUACUGGAUAACUAGUGAGUGCUUAGGUGGUGGACUAACUAAGAAAAACCCCACUUCUGAAAAGUUUCAUAAUUCAAUCCCUUGGGCUUGUGUUGCUGCAUAUAUACAUUCUGUCCAGGUGGAGGGUGAAUUUAGUGAUGUUCGGAACAUAGAGGAUGCUUAUACUUCUGACAUAUUUCGAGUUUCCUUGGAUUCCAUUAAAAAGAGAAAGAAUUUUGACGGCCGUGCCUUCUGCUUUUUACCGCUGCCAAUCAGUACUGGUCUUCCAACACAUGUUAAUGCAUAUUUUGAGUUAUCAUCCAAUCGAAGGGAUAUUUGGUUUGGAAAUGACAUGGCGGGUGGAGGCAAAAAACGCUCUGACUGGAAUAUGUAUCUCCUUGAGGAUGUUGUGGCCCCCGCUUACUCUAGAUUGCUUGAAAAAAUAGCAUCAGAGAUUGGACCAUGUGAUUUGUUUUUUUCAUUUUGGCCAACAACAAUAGGAUUAGAACCUUGGGCAUCGUUGGUGCGGAAGCUUUACAUAUUUAUUGCUGAUUACAGUCUUCGUGUUUUGUAUACAAAAGCUAGAGGUGGACAGUGGAUUUCAACCAAGCAGGCUAUUUUUCCUGAUUUUACUUUUUAUAAGACUCAUGAGCUAGUUGAAGCAUUAUCAGAUGCUGGUCUACCCCUUGUGACUGUUUCCAAGCCAGUUGCGGAGAGAUUUAUGGAUGUCCAACCCUUUUUACAUUUUCUGACACCCACAUUGUUAAGGACUCUCUUGAUUCGGCGAAAGCGUGGAUUUAAGGACAAGAAUGCAAUGAUCUUGACCCUUGAAUAUUGCUUAUUUGACUUUACAAUUCCUGUUCAUGCUGAUAAUCUGUAUGGUUUACCUUUGUUACCUCUUGCGGAUGGUUCAUUUACAAUGUUCGAGAAGAAUGGGGCUGGUGAAAGGAUCUUCAUUGCUCAGGGGGAUGAAUAUGGUCUUCUCAAGGAUUCACUUUCGCAUCAACUAGUGGACUCACGGAUUCCGGAAGGAGUUCAUGAGAAACUAUGUGACAUAGCUCGAAGUGGGCAAUCAAAUAUAUCUUUUCUGUCAUGCCAGUUGCUUGAGAAGCUCUUUUUGAAAUUACUUCCAGUGGAGUGGCAGCUUGCUAAAAAGAUAACUUGGUCCCCUGGUCAUCAAGGUCAACCAAGUUUGGAAUGGAUAAGAUUACUGUGGAGCUAUCUUCGAACAUGUUGUGAUGACCUGUCAAUAUUUUCUAAGUGGCCUUUACUGCCUGUGGCAGAUAAUUAUCUCGUUCGGCUAACUGAAAAUUCUCAUGUGAUUAAGGAUGAUGGGUGGAGUGAAAACAUGUCUUGUUUGCUGCUCAAAGUAGGAUGUGUGUUCUUGAGAAGUGACCUGCCUAUAGAACAUCCACAGUUGGAAAAAUUUGUGCAGCCUCCAACAGCAAUUGGCUUAUUAAAUGCAUUUCUGGCAAUCACUGGUAAGCCUGAGGAUGUUGAGGGGCUAUUCUGUGAUGCAUCAGAAGGGGAGCUGCAUGAACUGAGGAGUUUUAUUCUUCAGUCCAAGUGGUUUUUUGAGGAGCAAAUGAGUGACACACAGAUUGAGAUUAUUAAACACCUCCCUAUGUUUGAGUCUUAUAGAAGUAGAAAGCUAGUUGGUUUGAGUAAACCUAUCAAAUGGCUUAAACCUGAUGGUGUUCGUGAUGAUCUUUUGCAUGAUGAUUUUAUACGGACAGAGUCAGAAAGAGAAAGAAUAAUUUUGAGAAGAUACAUAAAGAUUAGAGAGCCAUCAAGGGUGGAAUUUUACAGAGUUUAUGUUCUUGAUCGCAUGUCAGAAUUCCUAUCACAGCAGGGAGCUCUUUCAGCCAUUCUUCAUGAUGUGAAACUCUUGAUUGAAGAGGAUACCUCCAUGAAAUCAGCACUUUCCAUGACAUCUUUUGUUUUGGCAGCCAAUGGAUCUUGGCAACAGCCAUCCAGGCUUUAUGAUCCUCGUGUCCCUGAGCUACAAAAGCUGCUUCACAGAGAAGUGUUCUUUCCUUCUGACAAAUUCUCAGAUCCUGAAAUUUUGGAUACUUUAGUUGGCCUUGGGCUUAAAAGAACUUUGGGUUUUACUGGGUUGCUUGAUUGUGCUAGAUCAGUAUCAAUUUUCAAUGAUUCUAGUGACUCAAAAGCACUUAGUUGUGGAAGGACGUUACUUAAAUGUUUGGAUACUCUUGCACUUAAGCUCUCAACUGACAAGAGACAAGGCAAUAGCGCUGAACUGUUGAAUGCUAUGCUUAUUCAGAAUAACAAUGUCGUGGGUGGUGAUGCCGCAUACGUUGACCCUUCAGUGAGAGAUGAGAACCAUUCAGAAGAUUAUCUGGUGGACAGUGAUGCUAGAUAUGUUGACUCUUCUGUUAGAGAUGAGAACCAUUUAGAAGAUGAUCUAGACAUUGCCUUUCUCAUUGAAAACUUAAUCAAUGGUGAACCAGAAGAAAACUUUUGGUCUGAAAUAAAGGCCAUCACCUGGUGUCCCAUUUCUCCUGAUCCACCUGUACAGGGACUGCCUUGGUUGAAAACCAGUAAACAAGUAGCAUCUCCAAGCAUCGUGAGACCUAAGUCGCAGAUGUGGAUGGUAUCAUCUACCAUGCAUAUACUAGACGGUGAAUGUGGUUCGAUUUAUUUACAAAAUAGACUUGGUUGGAUGGACAACAUAAGCAUAGAUGUCUUAGUCACACAACUAGUUGAAUUAUCAAAGUCAUAUGGCUGGCUUAGGUUGAAUUCUAUGUUGGAAACUGGUUUUGAUGCUGCACUCCAAAAGGGAAUUCCAAUUCUUUAUUCAAAAUUGCAAGAAUAUAUUGGUACUGAUGAUUUUAUGCUUCUUAAAUCAGCUUUGGAUGGUGUUGCUUGGGUUUGGAUUGGGGAUGACUUCGUAUCUCCAAAGUCACUUGCAUUUGAUUCACCUGUGAAAUUUACCCCUUAUUUAUAUGUUGUCCCAUCUGAGUUAUCAGAGUUCAGGGAGUUGCUUGUUGAAUUAGGUGUGAGACUUAGUUUUGAUAUUUGGGACUAUUUCCAAGUUUUACAAUGCUUACAAAAUGAUGUCAAAGGGGUUCCACUAUCAACUGAUCAGUUAAGUUUUGUCUGCUGUGUCCUUGAAGCAGUUGCAGACUGUUGCUCUGGCAAACCAUUGUUUGAGGCUUCUAAUACUCCAUUACUAAUUCCAGAUUCUUCUGGAGUCCUUAUGCAGGCUGGUGAUCUAGUAUAUAAUGAUGCACCAUGGAUAGAAGACAAUGCUGUUGUUGGGAAACAUUUUAUUCAUCCAUGUAUUAGCAAUGAUUUGGCUGAUAGGUUGGGGGUAAAAUCAAUUCGGUGUCUCUCGCUAGUAGAUGACGACAUGACUAAAGAUCUUCCGUGCAUGGAUUUUGCUAGAAUAAAUGAGCUUCUUGCUUGGUAUGGGAACAAUGAUUUCUUGCUGUUUGACCUUCUGGAGUUGGCAGAUUGUUGUAAAGCUAAGAAGCUGCACCUGAUCUUUGACAAGAGGGAACAUCCUCGCCAGUCUUUGCUCCAGCACAAUUUAGGUGAAUUUCAAGGGCCUGCUCUAGUUGCUAUUCUGGAAGGGGCCAGCUUGAGUAGGGAGGAAGUUAGUAGUCUUCAGCUUCUUCCUCCUUGGAGACUUCGGGGUGACAUUCUUAACUAUGGUUUGGGACUGCUUAGCUGUUACUUCAUAUGCGAUUUCUUGUCUAUUGUUUCUGGUGGCUACUUUUACAUGUUUGAUCCUCGUGGUUUGGCACUAGCUGCAUCCUCAAGUCACGAUCCUGCGGCAAAAGUGUUUUCUUUGUUAGGUACUAAUUUGACUGAGCGAUUUUGUGAUCAAUUUAAAGCAAUGCUAAUUGGUGAAAAUAUGUCAUCUUUGGAUUCUACUGUUAUUCGCAUGCCUCUAUCAUCAGAGUGCUUGAAAGAUGGAGUUGAAAUGGGCUUUACGAGAGUAAAGCAAAUAAUUGACAGAUUUUUGGAGCAUGGUUCUAGGGCUCUUAUAUUCCUAAAGUCUGUUUUGCAGGUAUCACUUUCAACAUGGGAAGAAGGCAGCUUGAAGCCAUGCCAGGAUUACUCAGUUUGUGUUGAUUCAUCAUCUGCAAUAAUGAGGAAUCCAUUUUCAGAAAAGAAAUGGAGGAAGUUUCAAAUAUCAAGGUUAUUUAGUAGUUCAAAUGCUGCAAUUAAGUUGCAUUUAAUAGAUGUGUACUUAGACCAAGGAGGAAGUAGAGUCGUGGACAAAUGGCUAGUUGCACUCAGCCUUGGUUCUGGGCAAACAAGAAAUAUGGCUCUUGAUAGGCGAUAUCUGGCAUACAAUUUAACACCUGUAGCUGGAGUGGCGGCACUUAUAUCCCGAGAUGGUCAUCCUACUGAUGCUCUUGGCACCAGCUCCAUAAUUUCUCCUCUUCCUUUGUCUAGUGAUGUAGAUUUACCUGUCACUGUCCUGGGUUGUUUCCUUGUGCAUCAUAAUGGUGGUCGCUAUCUCUUUAAACACCAAGACAAGAGAACUUUGGUUGAGGCACGGGCUGAUGCAGGAGAUCAUCUAAUUGAAGCUUGGAACAGAGAAUUGAUGUCUUGUGUUCGAGAUUCAUACAUUGAAAUGGUGGUGGAAAUUCAGAAAUUAAGAAGAGAACCAUCAAGUUCUACCAUUGAGCUUGCAGGUCGUGCAGUUCCCCUGGCUUUGAAGGCUUAUGGAGAUCAAAUUUAUUCCUUCUGGCCAAGAUCUAAUGCACAUGUUCUUAUCAAUCAAACGGGUGAAGACAGCAACUUGACAUCAGUCAAAGUGCGUAAAGCAGAUUGGGAAUGCAUUAUUGAACAAGUAAUAAGGCCUUUUUAUGCUCGCCUUGUUGAUCUUCCUAUGUGGCAGCUAUAUUCAGGAAAUUUUGUCAAGGCUGAAGAGGGUAUGUUUCUUUCACAACCUGGGAAUGGGGUGGGUGGUAAUGUGCUUCCUGCUACAGUUUGCAGCUUUGUGAAGGAACAUUAUCAGGUGUUUUCAGUACCAUGGGAAUUGGUGACUGAGAUCAAAGCUGUGGGUGUUAAAGUUCAAGAAAUUAAACCUAAAAUGGUCAGGGAUCUUCUACGGGUUUCGUUAACAUCUAUCGUUCUUCGGUCAGUUGAUACUUAUGUAGAUGUUCUUGAGUACUGCUUGUCGGAUAUUCAAUUCCUAGGAUCACCAAAUAUCUGUGGAGAUGAUGCAUCACAUGAUCCUGUUGACUCUAGUAUUAUUGACAGAGCUCCUAAUGAAGUAGGCAGCAGUUCUGCUUCAGUAUCAUUGCCUUCUGUGCGUAGUUCUCAUAGUGCCUCUUCCCAGACAGCAGCGAGUUCAGGUGAUGCCCUUGAAAUGAUGACUAGCUUGGGGAAGGCUUUAUUUGAUUUUGGACGAGUAGUGGUUGAAGAUAUUGGUCGGGUUGGAGGGCCUCCAGUGCAGAGAGGCACCAUGGCAGGUAGCAGUAACAUCCACAGAAAUGUUGACCCAAAGUUUCUAUCAAUAGCUGCUGAGCUCAAAGCCUUACCGUUUCCAACUGCAACAAAUCAUUUAGCAAGAUUGGGUGUUACUGACCUUUGGCUUGGAAACAAUGAGCAACAGACACUAAUGAAGUCUUUAGCAGCAAAGUUUAUCCACCCUAAAGUAUUUGAUAGAGCAAUCUUAGCCGAUAUUUUUUCAAAAUCUUCCAUACAAACAUUACUUAAACUGAAGAGUUUCUCUUUUCACUUAUUGGCUAGUCAUAUGAGGUUGAUUUUUCACAAUAACUGGGUGAAUCAUGUAAUGGAAUCAAACAUGGUUCCAUGGUUUUCAUGGGAGAAUACAUCAACUUCUGGUGGGGAAGGGGGCCCUUCUCCUGAAUGGAUAAGAUUGUUCUGGAAAAAUUUUGGUGGGUCAUUGGAUGACCUCUCUCUCUUCUCUGAUUGGCCCUUAAUUCCUGCGUUUCUUGGGAGGCCAAUUUUAUGCCGUGUAAGGGAGCGUCAUCUGCUUUUUGUUCCACCUCUAUAUACAGAUCAAAUUCCUGGAAACAUUGUUACAGAUGUCAGUGCUGGAGGAAAUGAUAUAACUGGAUUACCUAUGAAUUAUACUUCUGACUCAAUCCAGUCUUACAUCAUAGCAUUUGAAGUGGCCAAAGAAAAGUAUCCUUGGUUGUUGUCUCUGUUGAACCAGUGCAAUAUACCCAUUUUUGAUGCUGCUUUCCUGGACUGUGCUGGUCCAUGCAAUUGUCUUCCUACACCUAGUCAAUCAUUAGGGCAAGUUAUUGCAUCCAAGCUUGUUGCAGCCAAACAUGCCGGCUACUUCCCCGAACUUAGUUCUCUUUCAACUUCAGACAAGGAUGAAUUGUUUACUCUUUUUGCUCAAGAUUUCCAGUCUAAUGGUCCUAAAUAUGCCACAGAAGAACUUGAAGUGUUACGUUCUCUGCCUAUAUAUAAAACAGUUGUUGGGUCAUGCACACGUCUGCAAGACCAAGAGCAAUGUAUGAUCUCUACUAAUUCAUUCCUUAAGCCAUAUGAUGAGCGUUGCCUCUGUUAUUCCUCAGAUUCAAUUGAAUACUUGUUACUUCUAGCCCUUGGGGUCCCCGAAUUGCAUGAUCAACAGAUAUUGGUACGGUUUGGGUUUCCUGGAUAUGAAGGAAAGCCAGCUUCUGAGCAGGAGGAUAUAUUGAUUUAUCUCUAUACAAAUUGGCAAGAUCUCCAAACAGAUUCUUCUGUUGUUGAAGCUUUGAAGGAGACUAAAUUUGUCAGAAAUGCUGAUGAAUUUUCUGCAGAUUUGUAUAAGCCGAAGGAUCUGUAUGAUCCUGCUGAUGCUUUAUUAAUGUCUGUCUUUGCUGGUGAGAGGAAGAAAUUUCCUGGAGAAAGGUUUGAUACAGAUGGGUGGCUUCGAAUUUUAAGGAAAACAGGCCUUCAAACUUCAACAGAAGCAGAUGUAAUACUUGAAUGUGCCAAAAGGGUAGAGUUUCUUGGAAACGAGCGCAUGAAUCUCUCAAGAGAUUUUGAUGAUCUUGAGACAGACUUGAUUCACUCUGAAAAUGAAGUGUCUAUGGAAAUCUGGACAUUGGCUGGAUCAGUUGUUGAAGCUGUGUUUUCAAACUUCGCUGUCCUUUAUGGCAAUAACUUCUGUAAUCAACUUGGCAAGAUUGCUUGUGUACCUGCUGAACUAGGCUUGCCAAAUGUCUGUGGCAAGAGGGUUCUUACUUCAUACAGUGAAGCUAUUCUGUCAAAGGACUGGCCUCUGGCUUGGAGUUGCGCCCCCAUUCUUUCCAGACAAAAUGUUGUUCCACCUGAAUACUCCUGGGGAGCAAUCCAGUUGAGGAGCCCACCAACGUUUUCCACUGUCCUCAAACAUUUGCAGGUAAUCGGGAAAGGUGGUGGUGAAGACACUCUUGCUCAUUGGCCAAUCACAACAGGCAUGAUGACCAUUGAUGAAGCUUCUUGUGAAAUUUUGAAAUACCUGGACAAGGUUUGGGGUUCUCUCUCCUCUUCAGAUAUAGCUGAGCUGCGGAGAGUAGCAUUUUUGCCUGCUGCAAAUGGAACACGUUUGGUGACAGCUAGCUGCCUUUUUGUGCGUCUGUCAAUUAAUCUUUCCCCAUUUGCAUUUGAACUUCCUAGUCUAUAUCUUCCUUUUCUGAAGAUUCUCAAAGACUUGGGACUUCAGGACAUGCUAUCUAUUGCUUCUGCAAAAGAUAUGCUUUUGAAUCUCCAGAGAGCAUGUGGGUUUCAGCGUCUAAAUCCAAAUGAACUUCGUGCUGUAAUGGAAAUUUUGUAUUUUGUUUGUGAUCAGACUGUGGAGGCUAACAGCUCUAACAGGCUUGACUGGGAAUCAGAUGCGAUAGUCCCAGAUGAUGGAUGCAGACUUGUUCAUGCAAUGUCUUGUGUGUAUAUUGAUUCUUAUGGCUCUCGGUAUGUGAAUUGUAUUGACACCUCCAGGUUAAGAUUUGUCCACCCAGAUCUUCCAGAGAGAAUAUGUAUUGUCUUGGGUAUCAAAAAGCUAUCUGAUGUUGUGAUAGAGGAACUUAGUCAUGAAGAGCAUUUACAGAAUUUGGAAUUUAUUGGGUCUGUCUCACUAGCAGUCAUCAGGGAGAAGCUGUUAAGCAGAUCAUUUCAGGGUGCUGUAUUUAGUCUUGUAAAUAGUACAGCCAGUUACAUUCCUACAAUUAAUAAUUUAGCUUUGGGAACCAUACAAAGUUCACUUGAAUCUGUUGCCAAGAAUUUGCAGUUUGUUAAGUGCCUCCAUACUCGUUUUAUGCUCGUCCCAAGAUCCAUGGACAUAACCCUUGUUGCUAAGGAUUCCCUCUUUCUGGAGUGUGAUAAAGGAUUCAAGCAUCGCACUCUUUACUUUCUAAACCAGUUAAACACCUGUGUUUUAGUUGCUGAACCACCAACCUAUAUAUCUGUUCAUGAUAUCAUUUCGAUUGUUGUGAGUCAAGUUUUAGGCUCCCCCUUGCCACUACCUAUAGGAUCUUUAUUUUUCUGUCCUGAAGGCUCUGAAACUGCAAUUGUCGACAAUUUGAAACUUUGUUCUGGCAAGAGAGAUGUUGAAACCAUUAGUAGUUUAGUUGGCCAAGAAAUUCUGGCUAAAGAUGCUCUUCAAGUGCAAUUUCACCCAUUAAGACCCUUUUACAGAGGAGAAAUAGUGGCAUGGCGGGUUAAACAGGGAGAGAAGUUGAAAUAUGGUAGUGUUCCAGAAGAUGUAAGACCUUCAGCUGGUCAAGCACUGUACAGAUUCAAGGUGGAAACCUCACCUGGAGAGACUGAGUCUCUUCUAUCUUCACAAGUUUUCUCAUUCAGAAGCUUGCUGGUUGGCAAUGAGGCUUCUGCAGAAACCAUACCAGAUGAGAAGAAUGCAGGAACUGAUAGCAGGUCCCAUGAUAUGCCAGAAACGUCCAGAAGACGCAAAAUGAAAACUUCUCAGUCACAACCUGGGAAAGAGCUCCAGUUUGGUCGAGUAUCAGCCACGGAACUGGUUCAGGCAGUUCAUGAGAUACUUUCUGCUGCUGGAAUCAGUAUGGGUGUGGAGACACAGUCUCUACUGCAGAAAACCAUUACUCUACAAGAACAACUGAAGGAGUCUCAAGCUGCACUUUUGCUUGAGCAGGAAAAGUCAGAUGGAGCAAUGAAAGAAGCUGAUACAGCAAAAGCAGCAUGGGUUUGUCGGGUGUGUUUGAGCAAUGAAGUGGAUAUGACAAUAAUUCCAUGUGGUCAUGUGCUUUGUCGUAGAUGCUCAUCCGCUGUUGCAAGGUGUCCAUUCUGUAGACUUCAGGUCACUAAAACCAUCAAAAUUUAUCGGCCAUGAUUCUGUUAGGUGGUUUUAUAAGUUAGAUGAGUUAUAUUAUAAGUGGAACGAUUGUUAUGUAUAGCCUUGUUUUUAUAUUGAUUCUUUUUUGGGAGAAAGUAGAAGGCAAUGGAAGAAAUGUUCAAAUUCCGAAUCACAUCAGUAGUGUUGAAGAGAGGGUUGGCUUGUUCAUUUAACACGUUCUUGUAGGGAUGAGUUAUAUAGAUUGAGUCAUUCUUUUUGAACAAUGCUACUUGUGUAAUAUGUAUAAUGAUUUUGUAUACUUAUGUACAGAAGUAACAGAACAAACAAAUUAUAAGUUAAUA